UCUUGAUUUCAUUUUCGUUUCAUUCGUUUUCGAUAUUAUUUUUAUUACUUAAAAAAAUUAGUAUAUUUAGACGCUCGUUGUUUUCGCUUCAGUUUAAAUACACUUUGUAUCCUGUACGUGGCACGUAGUAUAUCUACAUGUACAUGUUUGUGAAUUAAAGAGAAUUUGAAUUAUUUUUUCUGUUGAAUGUAUAAAAUAACAUCUUACAUAGGUAUCAGUAACGUAACAUGAAAUUAACGAACUUUUUAUGACGAUUAUAUAAUGUCUCCGGUAUCGGUUAAAAAGAAAUAUCAUUUUAACAAUAUAAUUGCAUAAUCAUCUUGGGGUGUAAUGUAAUAUUGAAGAAUUGAAAUUUGAAAAAUAAUAUCUCAAAAAAUAAUUCAACCACUUGACUUGGCCUAGUAGAUCGUUAAACAUUGGUACACUAACUAUGGUUACCUUGACACGUUGCCCAUAUUUACUGUGAGUCAAAAUAAAGUGUAAAACAAGUUAUCUUAGAAUUCUCAUACACCAGUUUGUCACGAACGACAUAUAAAAAAUGAAAAUGGAUAAAAAUUGUUUUUGAAAGUCAUAAUUAUUGAUACAUCUAAAGCAGGAAAGGGGAAGAGAACCCAAGCAAGGUCAAUAUCUCCGAGGAACAGGUCCCUAAAUCAUGUACCAACUUUCUUUAACCGUGGCGACAGGUCAAAUUGACCCAGUUCCCUCUCUCCCCAUCUUUCUCUCUCUUCCUCCACCUUUUGGAUGUUGAGUAUCCUCAAAUGAUUAUGCAAUACCAAUCACGAGAUACAACAUACCAGAUGGUCAAGUGUUACAAGGAUUUUGUCUUGUUACUAAUAUUGGGACUUAUUUACGUAUGGCCCUUUCUGUUAUCAAGGGAUUGCGUAUUAUCAUUAGCAUAUUUCAUUAAGUACACUGACAAACUUCUAAAAUACAUUAGCAUACAAAUUAUAUAAGACGGUCAAGUCUUACAAGGAUUUAUUUCGAUUACUAAUUUUUGGGCCUUACGUAUAGCCCUUAAUCGACAGAUGGCACCACUGUCGUUAACAUAUAUCCAAAGUUUAUUAACUCAACGACACGUGUUAUUCUGAAUAAGUAAAUAAAGGGUCAAUCACGACAAACGUAUCACCUGAAGUUGUCCAUUUGACUUCUAUGGUAGAACCAACUUCAGGUUGUACGUUUGUACUGAAUAACCCUGUAUGUAUAAAUGAUGCAAGAUCAAUGUAUGGGAAGUUUCUUAUGGACUUAAUCAAUGUUUUGUUUUUGAAAAAAUUAAUUAAUCACAUUACUAAACGGUGGUCAUUGAAGUUUCUAUGGAUGCGGCGGAAAUUGAAAGGAAGAGUCGUACCCAAGGAGGUUUAUCGACCUCUCUGACGUAGAAAACCAGUGAGGUACCCAUGUGUCUUCAGACCGACAUUGACUAAUACUGUAAAACUAGCAAAAAUGAAUAUACAUGUACCAUAUAUCGGUGCAAAGAUCGUUGGACGUUUGUGCAACUUAGAUGAUGGACCAAGGCCACGUCUUUGAAGUGAAAUGUCAAAUAUACAUACACUAGAGCGGAUCAAUGUCCUCGGAUUUUUAUUAGCGUUCAACUAUUCUUUUAUUGAUCAUUAUCAUUUCUAUAAAGUGCAUUGAGCGAGAUGUUACGUUUUUUUCGUGGUCGUCUUAAAAGAUUCACAAAUAUUUUCAAAUAUAUAAAUUUGUACUACCAUGAAACGAUUUUACAAGGUUUUUAUUGAACUCUGUGAUGCAUGAAAUAUACGGAACUUGGAAUUUCUACAUAAUCGUUCAAUUUUCGAAUUUUUCUCAAAAAUUCAAUCACCGAUGAUUGUGACAACACAGAUGACGAUGCACAGCGUUUCCAGUUACUUCACGGCGAAAACCACAAUUAUUCUAAUACGAGGUCGAAUUUAUUCUCCCAUCUUUCGAUAAUACCUUCUUGUGAAAAACUUUGAAAUUUCCACUUUUUCAAGCGCGAUACUUUAUAUCUGAAAUCCGCUUGGUCCUUUGCACAUUUUAUAUCUCAGAUCUCAAGAUGAUUAAUAUGAGAAGCUUGCAAUUGAAACGAGGACGGGAGUUUUGUUUCGAUAUGCUUCUAUACUAAUAAUUCAUUUUUUAAAUCGACAAUUAAUUAUUAAAACGUCCAUGAGCGAAUCUGAGACUUUUUAAUACGAUGCUGCACGAUGAAAAUGUAGGUAAAAAUAAUUAUUACUUUUCAAAGACUAUCGUCUUACGCUCGAAAUACCUUAAGUAACGUACUAUCGAAAGAUAUGGGUAACUGCAAUUUAAACAAAGAAAUUCAUAGGUUUUUCCUAACCGAUUUCUUAACCGGAUAUUUCGCUAUGUAUAUGUAUACAUAUAUGUAUGACUUUAACGCACCUCGCAGGAAUCCAUUCUAAUCUAUUUUACGUAAUUUAAAACUUUUCCGUAUUCACCAAUUCCGUAACGCAAUUCUGUACUAAUGACAUCUGAAGUGACACACUUUCAUCCCGAAGGAUUUUAUCUUCGAAUUCUUCUCCAUCCCUUCUACGCGAAAAUCACUGACGCGUAAGAUAGCCGCACCCGUGGUACAAACAAAAAGACGUUUAUAAUUGUCAGGUAUUUUUCAAGAUUUGUACAAGAAAGUAUGCGAAAUAAAUGCAGGCAAAAUUUUGCGAAUUACGAACUGCGCGAUAAGAAUAUAUUUAAAAACGAAUGAUUCUGAUCAUUAUUUAUUGUUGAUUCGUGUGAAAGUAUAAUGCUACUAAAAGAAAAUCAUUAGAGAAAAUUUUUGAAAAUUUAUUAAGGCGGUUCUCAUGAAAUUCUUAAAAAAUUUAUCAAUCGCAUUAAUCGGGUGGGACUGUGCCACCUAGUACGAUAAUUAGGUAAUUGGCACCAAAAGCAUGUCCGACGUUAGAAUUACGUACUAUCGUCUCACAAUCGGUAUGGACAAACACGUGGUCAGCCUGAACGAGAGUGAAAGUGAAAUGAUCGUUGGUGCCUCGGGUCCACGUGGUUGUGUAGUCCUCGCAAGUACUUGGUGUAGUUGUAAUACAGCAAGGGACGAACAACUACCGUACCAGCAAGAAUUCAAUAACUCCAGUGUUAAGUUCCUGUGGAUUUUGCUGGUUGAAAACAAUGUAGUAAUGUGACGUGCGGUGUGACAUGCAAUUCCAAAUGAUACGACGUAAAAAACUAUGCCUUCCAUCGCUAACAGAGUCAACAUCCUGAUUUGCUUAUUGAUCUGUGUCAUCGAAUGUUCUCAAGUUACUUCUCAACAAGCUUAUUGGAUUCCAUACACCGCUAUAAAUAAUUAUGACAAUUACCAAUUACCGGUAAGAGAAUUUGCUCAAGGAAUUGUCCAGCAGUCCCCAGAGACGCAUUACGAAAAUUUAGAAUAUUAUGAAGGAGAGGACAGAAAGAUAUACAAAAAUCAGCAAGCAAUUCCAUCAGUGGAAUUGCAAAAUAACUAUCGAUUUUAUCAAGUGCCACAAAGAAGUCCACAGGAUCUUUAUUACCGAAAUUUUGUUGGAACAACAGCAAUUCCACGAGAGUAUAAAGAGACCGUACCCAGCAAACAGUAUCGGGAUAAUUAUUAUCAGGACUACCUUCCCCUCGAAUCACAAGAAACAAAGAAGGAGCCCGUGGAUUCAUCAAGGAAUUUCAAAACGACUGACAAAGACGAGCAAUUCCAUAAAAAAAUUAAUAUACUUGAAAAAAUGCUAAUGGAUGUGCAUUAUCGUCCAAGUUCUGAAGCAACGGAAAUCAUGAAUUCCCUGGAAGAUCAAAUGUUAUCAGAGUCUAAAAUUCCAGAAGAUGCCAAGAGAGUCGCCAGGCAAAUCCAGAAACAACGACCAGGAUUCUUAUGGACUCUGGCACGAGUAGCCUUUGAGAGUUUCAACGAUACUCGAUCAGCUUUCAAGCAAAUUGGUGAACUUGUAAACGAUAAUUUUGCACCAGAAACCACUACUAGCAGGACGUCUGUCACUAGCAAUACUAUAGUGAGUUCCACGACAGUAGCAAGUACAACAGUUGAUGAUAGCAAUUCCAACGUUACUACAACAACAAGUACCACUACGGAAACGCCCAAGUUAACUAGGACGGAAUUUCAAGGAAUUGUCAGAAGAAAUCUUCGUGGACUCAUUAGAUUGUUCAAUAUUGAAUGGAGAGAUGCGAUCAACGAUUCCAAGAUCAGUGUACGCGAAUUUCAGCGUGAUCUUGGUAAUCAGAUUCGACCUUACAUUCAAGACUAAAUGAAGCGUACCUGAGAGAAUAUAAUGUUUUUGCUGUAAAACACAUAAGUGGAUUCGACAGUGAGAGAAUAUCUGCAUGGCAUGAACAAGAGUGCUGAUUCAUAUGUACCUAAUGAACUUUACGAAGUAAUGCGGGAGUACGAAUGGCCAAAGACUGAAUUCGUCAAAACUAACACGAUCAUAUAUAUUUAUUCACGUAAUUUAUUAAUUUAUCAAAAUCGCUUGUGAAGUCAAAGCGUCGCCAUUGAAUUUGCAAAGAAAGUCUAUCCAUGGCCCACCGUAGUUGUCACGGGGAAGGAAAAGAGAAAGAGGGAAGAUAAAUUAAAAAAAAGGUCCGCAAAAAUGAGUAUUUUUCGAAAUCGAACAUGAAUACAAAAUUCGCAGCCCGUUUAAGCUUCGUUGUCCUUAAAAUAUAUUCAAUGGUGUAUAUUCCAUUGUAAAUUUUUUUUAAUUUUCAACUUCAAAAUAAAUUUUUUUGCAAAUGCUAAAUCUGUAUAUUGUAUAUAUUGCAUUUCGAGGGAUACAGUAAUCAUAUACGUGAACCUAUCGGACCCAGUAUUAUGUAAUAACGCAAAGUCGGCCUACGCGUGUCUGCUGUGCUGAAAGAAAAAGUAUAAAGAAAAAAGAUAAAGAGUUACAUAGUAGAGAAAGAGGAAGAGAAGGAAAAUAUAUGCCGGCUUCUCGAAUAAAAACGAGAUUCUCCCGAUUGCGACAGUAGAAAGCAAACUCGUGGAAUAUACGAGCGUUGAUUGGUUAGAGGGAUGGCGUGGGAUUGGGCGACGCUUCCCUUAAAGACAGGCUCACUUGUGCGCGCGACAACCACUUAAUCGUCAUUUGUGAACACACGAGGACAUUGCGAUUAAAUUAGUUUACUUAAAAUUUGCGAAAGAAAAGUUGAAGUAAAAAAAAA